GAGAUAAGCGUUGCUUUCCUCCCUUUAGGGGUGGGAAACCCAGGCUGUUCGCGGCUUUGCUAACGUACUUUGCCCCCGAUUUGGCUUCUGAAACAGAAGAGAGAUCGCUCUCGCCCUCCUCGCCAUGUUCGGGGCGAUAUUCCUGGCACCCGAACCUCACCUUCCAGAGCACCCAGCGGGGCAGGGAGUGGGACGGGGGCCAGGGCGCGGCGCCGCGGGUGCCCUUUGGAUCCGGGAGGGCCCGGUGCGGACCAGGCGCACUCGGCCGGCGGAGGGGCUUCUCUCUCCGGCGAAUCAUGGAGAGGCCGGCGCCCCGCGAGGUGCACAUGAGCCAGGCCAUCCAGCCUGCGCACGCCAACUCCCGAGGCGAGCUGAGCGCGGGGCAGCUGCUCAAGUGGAUUGACACCACCGCCUGCCUGGCAGCUGAGAAACAUGCUGGGGUUUCCUGUGUUACAGCCUCAGUGGAUGACAUUCAAUUUGAGGAGACAGCUAGAGUUGGACAAGUUAUAACCAUCAAAGCAAAAGUUACUAGAGCAUUCAGCACAAGCAUGGAGAUCAGCAUCAAGGUCAUAGUGCAGGACACGUUCACUGGCAUUGAGAAACUUGUUAGUGUGGCCUUCUCUACAUUUGUAGCCAAACCAGUUGGAAAAGAAAAGAUUCAUUUAAAACCAGUCACACCUCUAACUGAACAAGACCAUGUGGAACAUAAUCUGGCUUCUGAGAGAAGGAAAGUGAGAUUACAGCAUGAAGAGACCUUUAAAAACCUGAUGGAGAAGAGUAGCAAGUUUGAGGAUCUCAUUUCUGAUGAAGAGGAAGGAACAGUUUCCACCAGGGGCACCUCUGUUCAGAGCAUUGAACUUGUCCUCCCACCCCAUGCAAACCAUCAUGGAAAUACAUUUGGUGGCCAGAUUAUGGCUUGGAUGGAGACGGUGGCUACUAUUUCUGCAAGCCGCCUCUGUCGGGCGCAUCCGCUUCUGAAGUCUGUGGACAUGUUUAAGUUCCGAGGACCAUCCACAGUGGGAGAUCGUCUUGUCUUCAAUGCCAUUGUCAACAAUACGUUUCAGACCUGUGUGGAAGUGGGAGUGCGCGUGGAGGCCUUUGACUGCCAGGAGUGGUCCGAGGGCCUGGGCCGCCACAUCAACAGUGCUUUUCUCAUUUAUAAAGCUGUCGAUGAUAAGGAAGAACUGGUUACGUUUCCCAAAAUCAAACCCAUUUCUAAGGAUGAUUUUAGACGGUAUUGUGGAGCUAUUGCACGCAAGAGAAUUCGUCUGGGCAGAAAAUAUGUUAUUUCCCACAAACAAGAGAUUCCACUUUGCGUACACUGGGAUAUUCGCAACCAGGUAUCCCUGAGUGAUGACAAUGUGGAGGCUUUCAAAAAGCUGGUGGCCAAAAGUGGUUGGGAGAUGACCAGUGCUGUAGAAAAGAUAAAAAUAUAUACUCUGGAAGAACAGGAUAUUUUAUCUGUUUGGGUUGAAAAGCACGUGGAAAAACCGGCACACUUGGCUUAUCAUCUGUUGUCUGACUUUACCAAGCGACCUUUGUGGGACCCCCAUUAUGUGUCCUGUGAAGUCAUAGACUGGGUGAGUGAAGACGAUCAAAUAUAUUAUAUCACUUGUCCUAUAGCGAGUGGUGACAAACCCAAAGACUUGGUUGUACUUGUAUCACGAAGAUCUCUUAAAGAUAGUAACACUUACACCGUGGCAGUGAAGUCGGUCAUUCUGCCAUCGGUCCCACCUUCUCCACAGUACGUCAGAAGUGAAAUCAUAUGUGCUGGCUUUCUCAUCCAUGCUAUUGACAGCAGUUCAUGCACUGUAUCUUAUUUUAACCAGAUUUCUGCUAGCAUCUUGCCUUACUUUGCUGGGAAUCUUGGUGGUUGGUCAAAAUCCAUUGAAGAGACAGCAGGUUCCUGUAUACGAUUCAUAGAGAAUGCUACUGAUGAUGGGUCAAUAAGUAUAUUUUAAGUGAUAAACUUUCAAUUAUCUGUAAUUGAUUUCCCACUUUUAAUUCCAAGCACCCUUAUCCAUGACACUUGGCAAGCUUUUCGGCCACUAAAUAAUUGGCCUAAGCAAAAUGCAGUUAGGAAGAGGUUAAAAACCAAAGUGCAUUUCAGGUCAAAGACCAUUGGUUUGAACUAGCAUUAAAAGAGCUUUAAAAAUGUUUUUAGAUGCCCCCGUCCAUGGGCACAGGCAUUAGAAAACUGCCAUGUGCAAUAUUGUGUGUUCUGUAAAAUGGUACAAAUAUGGUUAAAAUAAUCAUAAAUAGUUUUAGACUACAGAGGUGAAAUGUGUUGUUUGAAAUUUUAUAAAAUAAAAAAUGACAAGUUGGUUAGCUGAUUAAUAGUGUGGAUUGUUCCAUAUACCGCAGGCAUCUGUAUGUCAGGAGCAUUUGACAAGACGUAUUACAUGUUUUAGAGCUUUAAAUUAGGAAGACAUUAGAGCAUAAUGGGAGCCAAUCAAUUUUAGUAAUAGGAACUACUUUACUAGUGUCAUUUAACAUAUACUCAAGGUGGCUGACCAAUUUAGUAUCUACUGCGAUAUAUACACAUGGAAAGUACCUGCAAAAUGUGUUAUUGCAGAGAAGGAGAAUAUUAACUGAGCUCUUCUUUCAUAACCAUUACAUUAGCACUUUAUUCCCUUGACU